AUGUUCAAGAAGUCAUUCUAUAAGGAGACUCAAGAAAAUAUCGUUGAGGAGAUCAAAGAAGAUUUGGUCCGAUUAGUAUUAACCCAUUUACCUCAUUUGCAACUUUCCAAAGUCCGUCAAGAUGAUUUAUGGGAGUUCAUAGCCAUCAAACUCAAUAACAGAUUAUUAAAAGAUGCCUUGAAUGAAACCUUAAGUUCCAAGUUCUCCAAAGUAGACGAAUUGCCUACUUUAAAUGGACCUUUUAUCAAAACUCUUUAUGAUAAGUUGUUUAAGGACUUCAAAAAGAGACUAGUGUUCAAAGUCAACAACAACACUUCCCCAUUGAUUGAAUUCAAUUAUGGUAGUAAUCGGACAAUGGAUUUGUUUGAUGAGCCAGUUGAAAAGAUGCUCUGUAAGUUGUAUGAUAUGGAAUCCCAGUCAAUAGAACUUUUAUCCAAGAUAAGCUUGGAGAAUUUAGAAGAAACUUAUCGAACCGAAUUGACUCCAGACUUUGAAGAUUCUUCAAAGUAUCAUGAGAACGAUAAGGCAGCUAAGAAGCGACUCUCGAUCGAUACAGAAAAGGAUGACAUCUAUAAGCAGCAGUUGCAGAAACAAGUUGCUUCUGUUAUGAAGCUCGAGGCAGAGAACAAAAGACUUCUUGCUUUGAAUCAACAGCUUUUGGAAGACAUGGGAUCAACACGGUAG